AUGGCUAGUGCAUCUUUUAUAGGAAAUGGUGAGGUUUCCGAACUGAUGGCUGGUCCAGAAUAUCCGGUAAACCCUUAUAACCCAGUUUCAAAACAAAUUUUUGAUCUCGGCAAGCGCCUCAGAGAGAAUGGCAAAUUUCCUGGAAGACUGUCUGCCUAUUUCGAUUACAAAUACGAUCCUUUGCCUAGCGACGGUUUAGAUGCGGACGAACUGGAGAUGAUCAGACUGGUCAAGGUUGCUCAAGAACACCUCGAUCGCUUGAGACAUUUCGAGUGCGACCGUUCGAGCCACCCUGAUUUGCGGUCAUCGAUCAUGCAGCGAAGUAUCAGCUUGAUGAAAAACUGUCAAGCCAUUUCCCAGGGAAUCGCUGCAUUCGAGAGACAGCUGGACUACUCGAUACUUGGGAACCACGGAGCGUAUGUUAAUGCAACCAGAGAUCUCCGUCAUUCCAUUGCCGACGACAUUGAUUCGGCCAACCGUACGGCGAGAGAGAUCGUUAAGGAACAGCAGGCAUUGUGGGUAGAUUCUAAUAUCGAUAUGUGUCAGCUGCUACCGCUGACGGGAAGCUCGUUCACCUACGACGAGGUCAUCCGGUUCUUCAAAGGAGAAACUGUGCAAGGCAUCGACCCGAACGCACUCACAGGAGGUGUCCAUGCCGAUUACUUCUCAGAGCCCGUUGCCUUUUCUGCAGACCUGGCGGAUGAGAGCUGCCCUGUAUGUUUGGAUCCUUAUGACGAGAAAGAGCCGAUUAGAAAGUUGGGAUGUUCUCAUGUGGCUCAUUCGAGUUGCAUUACUCAGUGGCUUCUAGCGGAUUUUGAGCGCUCGGAUAGCUGCAUGAUUUGCCGGGCGAAGUUUCACAUGGAACCGCAAAAUAAGGAACUUGUCCCGCUGAAAACGCUGGAGGGGGCUGCCAAUUACGCGCACUUCAACUUCUUAUUGACGUUAAUUCAGGAGAGUCAGGUGACCCUGUUCACCAUAAUGAGCGAGAUGUGCACCCCACCCCGUUGA